GUAAAUGUUAUCAUACAAACUAGAAAACUCUCUUCUUCUCAAAUUGAAAUCAUGACAACAUCUCAAACUUCUCCUUUCAGAAUUUUUCAAGAGGAUGAUGUAAGUGAAGAGUGCAAGAAAUUGGUCUCUAUCCUACCCAAAGAAAAAGGAUGGAUUGGAUCUUAUACCUAUAAUUAUCAAGGCUUUUGGACGACACCAAAAGUAAUCGAAGGUGUGAUUGCAUGUCAACAACGAUUUCAUGCUCAAGAUAGUGAUAUCAUCCUUGUUACAAAUCCUAAAGCAGGAACUACUUGGUUAAAAUCACUUUUAUUUGUUCUAGUGAAUCGAAAGGAACAUCCUAUUUUUAACCAGAAUCACCCUUUAUAUGUCAAAACUCCUCAUGAUCUUAUUCCAUUCUUGGAACUUGACCUCUAUCAUGAUGGUGAAGUCUUUGAUUUUUCAUCAUUCACUUCACCUAGACUCUUGUCAACUCAUUUGCCCUUUGCUUCGUUGCCAAAAUCUGUCCAAGAUUCAAGAACCAAACUUGUUUACUUGUGUAGAAAUCCCAAGGACACUUUUAUUUCUAUGUGGCAUUUUGCAAAUAGAUUAAGACUUCAUCAGAAAGAUACCAUUUCCAUUGAAGAAAUGUUUGAUUUUUUCUGUAAGGGAGUGAACCCCUAUGGUCCGUUUUGGAAUCACGUGUCGGAUUAUUGGAAACAAAGCAUAGAAAAGCCUAACAAAGUACUCUUCUUGAUGUAUGAAGAAAUUAAAGCACAACCUACGCUUCAGCUUAAACGUUUGGCUGAAUUCGUGGAAUGUCCAUUUUCUGUAGAGGAAGAAAAGAGUGGCAUGUUGGAUGAAAUAUUAAGAAUGUCCAGCUUUGAAAAUUUGAGCAAUUUGAAGGUGAAUACAAAUGGGAAAUCGUCAUUAUCUGGAGCGCCAAAUAGAAUAUUCUUUCGUAAGGGGGAAGUUGGAGAUUGGAAGAAUUAUUUUACUAUAAAGAUGAAUGAGAAACUCAACCAUGUUAUUGAACAAAAGUUUCAAGGAUCUGGAUUAAAAUUUGUGUACAAUUGAUUUGGUGUUAAUACACUAUAUGUCGAUUGAAUGCCAAUAUGUUGAAGUAGUGGUUUUUGCGAUUAAUGUAACGAGUGAACAAAUGAAAUUGUCCCCAAAUAAAUUUUUCUUUGGUAUGUA